AUGGACUCCAAUCCAUUGGAUAGCCUCCUUGAUCUGGAGGAACAAUUCUACAAUGAGGGCUACGCGCUCGGCGCCGCAGACGGAGCGGCAGCUGGAUAUACUGAAGGCAGCGUUUUUGCUGUCGAGAAAGGUUUCGAGAAGUUCGUCGAAAUGGGUCGUCUAUAUGGCAAGGCCCUAGUCUGGGCACAGAGACUCGAAUUGAAACCGUCCGAAAGCCCCUCGGUGCAAGCACAUAGCACAAGGGAUACUCUUUCUCUUGAUCCCGCUAUCUGCAAAGAUAUGCCCAGUCUGCCGCCACACAGCACUCGACUUGCCAGGAAUCUCCAAACACUUCUUGAACUCGUCGACCCAGCUACAUUGGAUAUGAGCAAUGAGGAGGAAGCUGUCAAUGACGUGGACGAGCGUCUGAAAGGCGCCGCUACAAAGGCAAAGCUCAUCCAAAGGGCAAUGGGCGAGCGUGAGGAUACUUCCUCUCAGGUCGAACCCAAGGACAUGUCAACACCUGGCGAUGGCUCUGGAAGUAUUGAGGAUAUCAGUUCAUUGAGCAUUCGUCAUUGA